UGAAUUCUGCUUAAUAAAUAAAUUCUAUCCUCUGAUGAUUUCGUCAAUUCUGAGGAUUUUCUCACCGAUUUAAUAUCUACACUUAAUACAAAUGUGAUUUCUAUACACAUUGUUUAGAUUUAUAUUGAAAUGUUCUAGUCACAGUUGAUACAACAAUCAGUCGCAAGUUCAAAGGACUAUAAGGUUAUCUAUAAAAUGAGACUUGUUUGUAUUUAUUACUUCAUACUUAUCUUAACUAACAUCAAGGUCGUUUUACCCGUUCAUUGUGUAGCUGAUUAACAUUCACUCCGCAUGAAUGCAAAGGUGAAUUCGUUUAUGUUUUCUUAAUAGAUUUUAAUUCAUUGAUAAAGUAGUUGUUGACAAGGUAAUUUCUCCGUAGUUGUUAACUUUUGCGUUCAAAAGGUUUGUGUUAUAGUAUCAAGAAGUGUUUAACUUUGUAAAAUGAGUAAAAAGGUUUAUUUUAUUGGCGUUGAUGUGGGCUCUGGCAGCGUACGUGCCGCACUAGUUGAUGAUAAAGGCCAUGUCUUAAAUUCCUCUGUUAAGGAAAUACAGACAUGGAAACCAAAAGUCGAUUACUACGAACAGUCAUCAAAUAAUAUCUGGGAAUGCUGCGUAUUCGUUAUUAAGAAUGUAAUCGCAAACAUAAAUCCUGAAAGUAUAAAAGGUAUUGGAUUUGAUGCUACAUGUUCCUUAGUAGCGUUAGACAAGCAUGGACAGCCACUAUCAGUAAGCACAAACAAUAAUGAACAGAAUAUUAUUAUGUGGAUGGACCACCGAGCGCAGGCUGAAGCAGACUUUAUAAACAAAACCAACCAUGACAUCCUCAAAUAUGUUGGUGGAAAAGUCAGCUUAGAAAUGGAAAUGCCAAAACUGCUGUGGCUAAAAAAAAAUCUACCAAAUAAAUGGAAUGACUUCGGUUAUUUCUUUGAUCUACCAGAUUUCUUGACAUGGAAAGCUACCGGUUCUUUGAGCCGUUCAUUGUGCUCUUUAGUUUGUAAAUGGAACUAUGAAUGUAGCACAGAUGGUAAACAACAAUGGAACACAAGCUUCCUCCAAGAAAUUGGCUUGGAAGACUUAGUUGCGGAUGACUUUAAGAAAAUAGGCAAUAAGGUUUUAAUGCCUGGAGAAUUUUGUGGGGGGUUGACGAAAGAGGCUGCAACCACUUUAGGGUUACUACCUGGAACUCCAGUUGCUACAUCAAUCAUUGACGCUCAUGCUGGAGGAUUGGGCAUGAUUGGAACACAUGGGGACAGUAUAGACAAGGAGAUGUCUUCUCGCCUCGGAUUAAUUUGUGGGACAUCUACAUGUCAUAUGGCUGUGAAUAAAAAGCCUGUUUUAGUCCAAGGAGUUUGGGGGCCGUAUUACAGUGCUAUGGUUCCUGGUUUGUGGCUAAAUGAGGCUGGACAGAGUGCAUCCGGGAUGUUAUUAGACCAUAUAAUAUCAAGUCAUCCGGCCGGUGCUGAACUGCUUAAGACGAUAUCUUCUGGAGACGCCCGAAUUCACUUAAGAGGUCUACUCUCAGAGAUGGCAAAGCAAGAAGGGUACAACGACGUUUGCUACCUAACCAGAGACAUCCACGUUUGGCCCGACUUCCACGGCAACCGUUCGCCGAUAGCUGACCCGUCUAUGCGCGGCAUGAUCUGUGGUCUCUCCAUAAAUAAUAGUGAAGCGAACUUGGCAUUGCUAUACCUGGCUACGCUGCAAGCUUUAGCGUAUGGCACGAGGCACAUUAUAGACGCGUUAGUGUUGGCAGGUUACGAACCUUUCAAAUCGAUGCUAAUCUGUGGAGGCAUCUCGAAAGACCCCCUAUUCGUCCAAACACAAGCAGACUCCGUGGGCUUGCCUAUCCUGAGACCUCAUGAAAAAGACUCCGUUUUAGUAGGCUCAGCCAUUCUCGGAGCCUGCGCUUCAAAAUACUUCCAAAAUGUACAGGAUGCUGUAGAAAAUAUGGGUGGCACCGCUGACGUUAUACAACCUGUUCCGAGCACAAAAGGAUACCACGAUAAAAAGUACCGAGUUUUCCUCAGGAUGUUUCAAGAUCAACUGAAGUAUAAAACUAUUAUGAGCUCGAACCUUUAGUUUAGAUGCUUUGUAACUUCUUAUAAUUUUUAUAUCGGAUUUCAGGGUAAUUUAUAUAUAGUUAUAAAUCAUGUUAUUGUUGCGUAGUCUUUAAGUAAAUAAAAACUUAUUGUAAAUCGAAAA